AUGCCUUUCUGCAUCGGGAGGUGUCCGGCAGCUUGCUGCUCAGGCAAGUCGCAGGCACCUGCCGCCGCGGAAGAAGAAGGCUCGCGCAACGGCAAUGCGGCGCUGCUGGCCGCUUUCUGUGCGCAGCCUGACGAUGUCGUGGUCGCCACGCCUCCGAAGAGCGGCUCAACUAUCCUGCUCGAAAUCUGCCACCUCGUGCGCACAAAGGGCACGCGAGUAGCCGGGAGGAGCCAGAUCACAGACACGCCAUGGAUCGACCUGCCGGUGCGGCUCUACCGGGAGCACUGCCCCCCUUGGAGGGCGCCGCAUGAUGCCGAGCCGCGCGUGUUCAAAACUCACGGCGGGUGGGGCAAGGUGCGUCGGUGUGGGCCUUGCAGGAAAAUCACGUGCUGGCGAGAUCCAGUCGACGUGAUGCUCUCCUCCUUCCACUUUAUGCUGCCGCUCUCCGGUCUCACGCCCGGCGACGACGUUUCGCUGUCGACUUUCUGUCGCGUCUUCAUCCACGGACAUGGGCGAUACCUGCGCUCGUACUGCGCCGACCUCAUAGAAUGGUGGGAGCACAGACACGACCCGGACGUCCUCUUCCUGCUCUUUGAUGAGGUGGUGCAGCACAAACCGGCGGCAAUCCGGCGCGUCGCCGCCUUCAUGGGCUGCGAGGCGGACGUCGCCCUGGUCGCCCUGGUCGCCAAAAUGACGUCGCAUGCUGCGAUGCGAGCGGACCGCGGGCGCUUCAACGACGACGCGCUGCUCGCCCCUUCUCUCUGGCGCCGUCGGGGCGUCGUCCCGGUCGCCUUGGCGGGGAAGGUUCGCGCCGACGGUGGCAUCUCUGGCCAGGGCGCAGAGCAAGUGCCCGCGUGGGCCGUGAAGGAAGUCCAGAGAGUCUGGACGGCAACGGUUGCCAAGGCCACCGGCCUGACCACGUUCGCCGCUCUGUCCGAGCUGCGCUCGGCCGAGCUGCGACGAGCUCGGAGCAGGAGCGCAGAACGACCCCCUCGGGGAGUUUGA